GCAGCAGAGAGACCGACCGACCGACCGAUCGAUCCAUCGUCACCACUCACCACACCGGGCGAGCGGCCGAGACUAGUAGUAUGUAGAGGGGGGCCAGCAGCCAGCCCGCCGGGAGCGAGCAGCUGAGCGGCCUAUAGCGACAGCGACAGCCAGCAGCAAGAACACGCGAGCACGAGAGAGAGAGAGAGAGAGAGAGCGCCGCGCCUGGCCGGGAAUAAAGCCAGCCAGCGAGCGCGCGCACGGCGGCGGCAUCCAUAUGGCGGCCGACCACCACGGCCAGCAGCCGCCGGGGGCGGGGGCGGAGGCGGAGAUCAAGGAGCAGGACCGGCUGCUGCCCAUCGCCAACGUCGGCCGCAUCAUGAAGCAGAUCCUGCCGCCCAACGCCAAGAUCUCCAAGGAGGCCAAGGAGACCAUGCAGGAGUGCGUCUCCGAGUUCAUCAGCUUCGUCACCGGGGAGGCCUCCGACAAGUGCCACAAGGAGAAGCGCAAGACCGUCAACGGCGACGACGUCUGCUGGGCCUUCGGCGCCCUCGGCUUCGACGACUACGUCGACCCCAUGCGCAGGCACCUCCACAAGUACCUCUGCACAUUUUUACGGGGUAGGGGGGCUCGAGCCCCCUCAGCCCCCCCUGUAGAUCCGGCUGGGCACGACAACCUCCUGCCGAUCGCCAACGUCGGGCGGAUCAUGAAGGAUGUCCUCCCGCCGCAGGCUAAGAUAUCAAAGCACGCCAAGGAGACCAUCCAGGAGUGCGCCACGGAGUUCAUCGGCUUCGUCACCGGCGAGGCCUCCGAGCGGUGCCGCCGGGAGAGGCGGAAGACGAUCAACGGCGACGACAUCUGCCAUGCCAUGAGAAGCCUCGGCCUCGAUCACUACGCCAACGCCAUGCGCAGGUACCUGCAGAGGUACCGGGAGAGCGAGGAGCUCGCGGCCGCGCUCAACAGCGGCGGCGGCGGCAUCCAGAUCGACGUGAGGGCUGAGCUAUCGAUCUUCAGGGGCGACGAGCAGCAAGGUAAAAAUUAACGCUGACGUGUACUGUUCUUGCAGAAUCAUCAACGCUCUUCUCACCUCUGACGCGAUAGAUGAGAUUGCAAGAAGCUCUCCCUGCGUGUCAUGGAGUCGUGCUCCUUUUUUUUUUCUUGUCCAUGUUUGGAUCUCGAUCUCGAUCUGCUGUAAUGCGUCUAGUGUCCGUGAUCCGUGUGAACGAACGUUUUGGAGGAAGACGAGCUCGAGGGUGUGUUAAAGGUGUCCAAUAAACCCCUCAUUCUGGUU